AUGCUCGACAUGCUUUAUAGAAGUAUUGGCAGAUUCUACCGAUCACAAGCCGGCUUUUCUCGCAAGAAUCGUACUGCAUCAUACAAGGCGGGAUAUUCGACACGAAGAGACGCCAUGGUCGUCCGUGCCGCCACCUCCUCUGUCAAGAACCAUGUUGGCUCACAGGAAUGGAAGUCGCAACAAUCGAAAACGACGACUGCCGCUUCCUCCAUCGACAAGCACCAGCGGAAGCAAGUCAAGAAGAAGGCAGCUAAGACAUCAACCACAAAGCCACCCCAGAAGUCCAACGCCAAACCUUCUCCGUCCCCUGCCACCUCGACGAUUAUUACCAACAGCUUUAAUGAUAAUAGUGGUAGCUUCAUGACUCACUACGUGCAAUAUUCAGAUGUCUUACUACGAACGGCCGUUCAGAACUCAUCCCCACUCACGACGCUGAGUCCCAAUCUUCAGAACACAGCUGAUGCGAUUACCUUGGAGUGUGGAAAAGAACCUGUGAUCGUUCACAAACACAAGCCAACCGCCACCAAACAAGAGCCUCGGAACGACUUGAUCACGACUCUUCACGACAAGCCGUACUCUUCGAGCCUACACAGUCUUUCCAAUAUGUCCUUCAGGCAGUGGAAGCAGCAAACUCCGCCAUAUCUGCAAGUACAACCUGAAGUCAACACUGAAGACACCAAGCAGGAUCCAAACACUCUUAUUGCACCUCGACGGCCGCAGGACGAACCCGAUUUUGGCGACCGCAUUGACCAAGCACUCCUCAAGAUUGACAGAUGGGCCGAAAACUGGUUGUCAGGCAAAUACAAGGACCAUAGCCAGGAAGAGCAGGAUCUGGCUUGGCAAUCUUUCGAGUUCUGUCUUAGAAUGCCGGAUAUACUCGAUGCAGACAUGAGAGAUGCAGAAGAGGUGGAAGAGACUGUUGUUGAGAUCAAGCGAGAGGAGGAUACUACGAAGUUGAUCGAGUGA